UUCGAUGUGACUUCAGAGCACACCCCUGAACCAAGAACGAAAACUGACGGCCACACGCCAAGAAAACCAAAAAACAACCACCACAGAAGCAGAGGCAACCAGCAUGCACCUCGUCUCCCCGAUGAAGUGACACAGCUGGACGUCUUCGGAGCAGGAUAUCUGGUGGUGCUGAGCAGGACUGAGGAGGUCUGAAUCCACUGCCAGCAUGCUCCGGCAGUCUCUGAGCAUCCUGAAGCAGCUGGGCUCUGCAGGACGGUCACAAGAUGCCACUGAACUUCUACACGAGGACCUGGUUAUGGUGGAGCAGCGGGUGGAACCGGCCAAGAAGGCGGCUCAGGUCCUCCACAAGAAGCUGCUGGGCUGCAUGCAGAGUCAGACGGGGCUGGAGGCUGAGAAAAGAAUGAAAAAGCUCCCCCUGAUGCUGCUGUCCGUCAGCAUGGCAGAGAGCCUCAAAGACUUCGAUGCCGAGUCCUCGAUCAGGAGGGUGUUGGAGAUGUGUUGUUUCAUGGAGAAGAUGCUGGCCAGCAUGUUGGCAGACUUUGAGAUGAAAGUGGAGAAGGAAGUUCUAGAGCCGCUCAACAAGCUCAGCGAGGAUGAUUUACCAGAAAUUCUUAAGAACAAGAAGCAGUUUGCAAAGCUCACUACCGACUGGAACAACGCAAAAACCAGGAGCCAAGCCAGCACUGGUCCCCAGGCAAAGCAGGACGGGCUCAGGGAGGAAGUGGAAGAAGCUUGGAGGAAGCUGGAGAACAUCAAGGACCAGUACUCUGCAGAUCUGUACCACUUUGCCACUAAAGAAGACGACUAUGCUAACUACUUCAUCCGUCUUCUGGAGCUGCAGGCGGAAUAUCACAAACAUUCGCAUGAGUUCCUGGACAAAAACAUCAGCGAGCUCAAAGAGAAUCACAGUCAGAAAGGUCCACCGAUGAGCGUCUCCAGUCAGAAGGUUUACGGGGAGCCUCUGCUCGAUCACCUGUCUCAAAGCAACAGAGAAAUCGCUGCACCCAUCCAGGAGUGUAUUCACAUGCUGCUGAGAACGGGCAUGACUGAGGAGGGUCUGUUUCGUCUGGCGGCGGCAGCCUCGGUGGUGAAGAGGUUGAAGACUUGUUUGGACCAAGAGGCGGUGGACCACAGCGAGUUCAGCAUGGACCCUCACGCUGUGGCCGGAGCUCUGAAGUGUUACCUGCGAGAACUCCCCGAACCUCUGAUGACCUUUGACCUCUACAAUGACUGGUUUAAAGCAGCAGGGGAAAAAGACCUGCCAGAGAAGCUGGAGCAGUUGAAAGUGCUGCUAAAGAAAUUGCCGCCUGAAAACUACAACAACCUCAGAUACCUGAUCCAGUUCUUGUCUCUGCUGUCUGGGCAGCAGGCCCUAAACAAGAUGACACCCAGUAACAUCGCCAUCGUCCUGGGGCCCAACCUGCUCUGGCCGCGAGCUGAGGGAGAAGCAGCUCUGUUCGACAUGGCUGCAGCAUCUUCAGUCCAGGUGGUGACGGUCAUUGAGCCUCUUAUUCAGUACAGCUCCAGCCUCUUCCCCGAAGCUGUAUCCUUUGAGAUCCCAGAACUUCCUGAGGUGCCGGAUGUGUCCCCGCCUCUGAUCUCAGAGAAGGAGAAACUGAGCAGAACAGUCUCCUCCUCUUCGUCCACAGCCUCCUCCUGCUCCUCUUAUCACCUCGCGUUAUCAAAGACAAACAGCACAGCCUCUCAGGACAGCGGCAGCUUCUUCCUGGUGAAAUCUGGCUCUCUGAGUCGAACUGGCACCUCCACAUGGGGCGGCCCUGUCGCUGACGCAACGGCGCCGAGCCAUCAAACAUCCAGCAGCUCAUCCUCCCCUGAUCCCUGUCCCAAUGUGGCCUCUAAUGCUUCUGUCACCUCUGGCUCGACAGCACUUCCUAAAGGAACAGGAUCAAGUCAGAGCAGGAGUCCCACCCAGAAGCAGAGCUCAGAUCAGCUGGAGCCGAUUCUGGAGGCUCCUCCAGACUCGCCAAGAGCUUUCGUGAAGAUCACCUCACCAUAUAAACCAAAAAGAACUUUCAACACAACCAAAGGCAACCAAGCAAACGAGCAGGUGACAGUUCAGUUCUCUAAACCCAGAGCUCCAGCACCUCCCAAGCCCCAGGGCCCUCCGCCCCCCAUCACGGCCCCUGCUCCGACCCCAGCCCCGGCCCCGGCCCCAGCAGACACAAGGACCCAGCCGAAACCUGCACCCCGAGCUCUGCCAGCCAAUGUCAAAAAGCCUGCUCCGAAAAAGCCCGGACUCAGAGCCCCAAACUGCCCUCCACCGCUCCCUCCUCCGUCACAGGCAAAAGAGGUUCCUUCUAUAGCGCAGUGAGAGAUUGAUGUGUGUGCCAUUUAUUCAUGUCUUUAAAGCACACCUCUGAUCACACCUGACCACACCUUUCAGGAAAGCUGGUCAUGGUCAGGGGUGAAACAGGCUUCAAACUUUCAUCCAGAGGGGACAGCAAAAAAGUGCUUUUUGCCCUCAUGUAAAGACCUUUGCACACUGAGUCCAAUUGAUUUGUGUGUUUUUUGUCAUCCAGGAAAAAAAAAAGUACCACACGAAAAGCUUGCACACUGACGGUUUUUUGUUCUAUUUAAAAGUUUGCGGUACGAGACAAAAUGAAAAGAUAAAUUUGCUCCCUUGUUUCUCUCCACUGAAUUCUCUGACUGUCACAACACAAUUCUGGAAACUCAACUCAGCCGAAUUAGACUUUUCAUAGUUUGAAGCCUGAGGUUUUUGCUCACAGGGACUACUUUUACAUGCACUUACCUCAUUAGUUGAAACUUUCUCCACAUUUAGUAUCUGACAUUUUGCUAUAUCUGUGACAGAAAAUAUGGAAAAUAAUAAUAGGUUCCCUUUAAACAUACAAUACUUUUGACUGUCAGCCUGUGCUUUUCAGUAUCUUCUUUAAGGUGUUUCAGCUUAUUUUUUUAAGGUCAAUAACAGUUUCUGUAACCAGCUUCAUUUAUUUAUUCUUCAGUUAUUAGUGUCCUUUAUUUCCUAAAAUACAAAGUUAGUGUUGGAAAGCAAGUCUUUCUGGUCAAAAAUGACACAAUAAAUGAAUCCAGCCAUCCAAAACCAAUCCCCACUUGCUAUUUGUGCUGUUUUAAGGGUGUAUGUUUUCAUAAAUAUACAAAGUAAAAAUAUUCACUAGAAUAAUGGAAACAUGUAAAUAACCUUUUUACAACCACCUUUCUGACCUAUGUUUUAGUAUUCCUUUAGAUCAACCUUAGAAAUGAAACCUGUAAAAAAAAUGUUAAUAAAUGCAUAUUCAACCUAAUUAGAAACAUCUUUAUUGUCAAUUUAUAUCAUCAUAUAUCAUUGGUAUUGACUGCAGCAUGUGGAUGUGAGUUGCAUGAUGUGCUGCAGGUGCUCAUACUGUAAGUACAUAUUUAUAGGAGGUCAGUUAAUAUCUUUGUUGUAUAAAAGAACACAUAAAUGACAAUUCUUUAAUAAAAACGAUACAGGAGUCGGACUUCAUCAGAAAAGGUGCACUGAGUCUCGUUAUAAAAGGUCUGCAGCAUAAAAUGAGCAGUUAUAUGGUUCAGCUUUAGUUGCAAAUACCAGAAUGACUUGAUUUAUU